AUGCCCGCCAACGCGAGAAACAGCUACUGGCCCUACGACAACGAUCCCAAACGAACCACACUUCAAGGUCGGAUCACCCCAACCUCAUCUUCUGCGGCUUCUCGGCCAUCUUCAUCCAACAUCACCCAAGCACCCGCCGGAGGAAAGGCCAAGAGAGUGGCCACUGCCUCAUUGGAAGCCCAAGGCUACUGGCCCUACGACAACGAUCCCAAACGAACCACACUUCAAGGUCGGAUCACCCCAACCUCAUCUUCUGCGGCUUCUCGGCCAUCUUCAUCCAACAUCACCCAAGCACCCGCCGGAGGAAAGGCCAAGAGAGUGGCCACUGCCUCAUUGGAAGCCAAAGGCUACUGGCCCUACGACAACGAUCCCAAACGAACCACACUUCAAGGUCGGAUCACCCCAACCUCAUCUUCUGCGGCUUCUCGGCCAUCUUCAUCCAACAUCACCCAAGCACCCGCCGGAGGAAAGGCCAAGAGAGUGGCCACUGCCUCAUUGGAAGCCGAAGGCUACUGGCCCUACGACAACGAUCCCAAACGAACCACACUUCAAGGUCGGAUCACCCCAACCUCAUCUUCUGCGGCUUCUCGGCCAUCUUCAUCCAACAUCACCCAAGCACCCGCCGGAGGAAAGGCCAAGAGAGUGGCCACUGCCUCAUUGGAAGCCGAAGGCUUCACCGCGAAAAAGUCAAGAGUGGGAGGAGAACAAUUCAUGGUUAAUCCCCCCGCGUCAAAAACAGCUCCACGUCGUCCCAUCGCCUCAACCCGAAACGAGCUUGCCUCCGACGACAUUGACGACGGCAUCUCGCCAGGCAAGGACGACGACGACGACGACGACGGGUCAGGCAACUUGAAGGAUGCUAUGCGAGUUACUGGUGACGACUUUUGGAUCAAGUAUCUCCUCAAGCCCCUAGAGCAGCACGCUUCUCGCCUGGGGUUAAACCCAGCCCCCCUACCCGAAACCACGUACAAGCGCCUCUCAGAGGUCCUGGACUUCGUGUUGGCCGACAAAAGCGUGUACUUUGUCUGGACAGUCAACUCCAUGUCCAAAAACGUUCGGAAGCGGCUGCUCAGGCUGUUGGGGUUCUUUAUGCCUACCAACUUCCAAGAGCUCUUAGCAGGCCGCAACCCCCCAUCCGCCGCCCAAAUUCACUCCCUCAUUGACGCCAAUGGUGUUUAUUGCAACGAGCACGGGGUCCGAGUGGACAAGUUGGAGGGCCGUAGCGAGGUCCACAGUCGCUGUGUUGGUGCCUACUGGAAGGUAGCAUUACCAAAAGGUAGCGUUCACCACCAUCCGCCCCUGCGUAUACUCAUAUAUACGGGGCAAACGGCGCAGGUGAGCCCCUCCGACAACUCGAUGGGGUUUCGAGUGCGGUGGGAACACCAUCUGAGCGAAGUGUACAGGCAUGACAAGACAAAUAAGAAAGACAGUCUUUUUACAAAAGCUUUCAUCGAGUCACAAGAAGAAUAUCGAAUGGCUUUCGUCCCCAUCGUCACAGUGCCGGUACCUGUCGGUACGAAGCUCGACAUCCCCUUCCGAAACGCGGUCAAAUUCUUCGCUCGGCUGAGCGAAGCGAUUUGCCACGAGGCAUGUUCGACGAUAUACCGGGUUGACCCGGGCUGUGCACAUACACCCAAGUCGUUCUGGACAGAUUCUCCACGUGAGUACACUGGAAUGAACUCCCGAGAUCCCCUGAGAGAGUCUUUUGGCUUCUGGGAGCUGGGCAAGCCCCAGCGCCCUAGUCCCAAAUGUUCGACCUGUCGCAAGCCCUUUGAGACGAAGACUUCCCGGGAUAGACACGAGGUUGAGGUCCAUGGACCGAAGGCGUUUGUGUGUGGGCACGAUGGUUGUAAAAUGAGGUGCACGAGUGAAAACAGGUUGGAGACGCAUAGGAAGGAUGUUCACGGGGAGAAGGAACACGAUUGUGAUAGGUGUGAAAGCAAGUUUAAGACCCUUGGAAGGUUGAACGAACAUAGGAGAGAUGUCCACGGGGAUAAAGUGCAUGCGUGCGAUGAGUGUGAGAAGAAGUUUACGACCAAUUCAUUAUUGAAGGUACAUAGGAAGAGGGCCCACGGAGAAGAGGAAUUCGCAUGUAAGAUAGAGGGGUGCAAAAGAAAGUAUAGGACCGAAGGAUUAUUGAACACACAUAAGAAGAAUGUCCACGGAGAGGAAGAGCACGCGUGCGAUGAGUGCGAGAAAAAGUACAGGUCCAAGACAUUAUUGAAAGCACAUAUCAAAAAUGUUCACCAAGAAAAGACAGUGUCCUGUAGGGAGAUCGGGUGUAGGACGAUGUUUAGGUAUCAGUCACAGGCGAGAACUCACCCAAGCGACCCCAUCGGCGACAUUCUCUGCCCCCUGGUCGGAUGGGUCUUGCGCAGUGACAGGUGUGAGCCCGAGAAUGAGCACAGCCCGGAGCCUUCUACUUGUCCUGAGGGUCACGAGUGGAACCCUCACACUUGCACUUGUGGUGGCGGGUCUCCUUCUCAGCACGACCCCACCCCCUCUGAGCCUCCUAAGGGUGUCACUUACCAGGAUGACUGCUGCGUUCCCACCUCUCCCGACUGCCCCGAGCCCUCGUGCCCCGACUGGAACGCGCACACCAACACUUGUGGCGGAGCUUCUCCUUCCGAACGCGCUCUUGCUGCUCGUCACACUGGUAUCCUCUACGGCGCCAACAGCUUCAAGGCCCGACAGCUCGCCAAGUAA